CUAGUUUGCCAACAGGGCUGUGAUGCAACGCAAGGAAUACGUCUUGUAAAACAAUUCCCUACAAUCAAGCAAAAUCUAACAGGCAGCGUGAGUAGCUGUUAAGGAAAGCCAUGGCUCGCGGGCAGCAGAAGAUUCAGUCCCAGCAGAAGAACGCCAAAAAGGCAGCAGAGAAGAAAAAGUCCCAGGGAGCAGAUCAAAAGACUGCCGCCAAAGCCGCACUGGUCCACACAUGUCCUGUCUGCAGGACACAGAUGCCAGACCCCAAGACUUUCAAACAGCAUUUUGAGAGCAAACAUCCCAAAUCUCCUUUGCCACCUGAGCUUGUGGAUGUUCAAGCAUGAAGGACACUAUGAAUUAAUGAUGUCUGUAUUUGAGACCCUGGGGAAACAUGAUAUGAUUCAGCUUGGCCAACUGAUUCAACUCAUCGUAAUAGAGAUUCUGGAAACAUUGAUAGUAGACCUAAGAAUGGGCUAAAGCACACCAGCACCCCUUUGAUUUUAUAUUUUUAUAUGUACCUAGCCUUUGUUUGGCUCACCCAUCAUUUUCGAGGGCUAUGUGUCCCAGCAGCUCCGUUGUCAUGGGUAGGCAAGCCCUGUAGUAUUUACCGACUCCUAAUUAAUAUUUUCUUUCAGUUUCUAAACUACAAGUAUUUUACACUGCAUUUUAUUCAGUAAUGUCCAUUUAUUUAAACAUGACAUAUGAGCCAUGAACGGAGUUGCGUCAUGAAUGGAGUUGUGUAUGUUAACAAUGGUUGUGAUUGGAGUACCCCAUGUCAGUUGGCCAAAAGGAUCUUCAAAGCAACAAAAUUCUGCUCUCUUGAAAAGUACUUCUGCUGUUGAUUAGAGACCCUGGAAUUGCUUUUCCACCACUUUUCCUCUUUUUUCAUGGCUUUCAAUAAAUAUACAAGCAUAAUGUAAUUUUCAUGGUCUGUAGGGGUGUUUUUGUUUUGGGUUCUUUUUUUCUUACCUUGUAAAUUAAUUGAUUAUUGCAAAUAAGCAUUAUUUCAAUUUUCUUAAAUAGGUAUCAUGGGGGGAAGAAUUUUCUUUUACCAACAUUUGGGAACUCUACACUUACAAAUGUUAAAAACAAACUCUUUUGAAGUCCAGGUUAAUUGAUACAAACUGAUUGAAUUAUUCCUUUUAUACACAGGAGAAACGGCUACAAAAUUUUUAUUUAAAAAAAAAAGUGGUUGCUUUAGCAGUGCAGUGGAUAUGAUUGGUUGUAAUGUGUAGUCGAGUAACAAUCAUUUUUUUCAGAUACUUUUAGUAAAUAAGUGUUUGAGGUCUUUGCACUCAAAUUAAAAGACCACGUUACUUUAGGAAUGCACUGGAGUUUAGUAUUUGCAGAGCAUGGCUGUGUGGUAGAAUAAGUGUUAAUUUGAGGAUUUUCUAACUUUAAUAGGUGCAAAGCUUUUGGGAGAUGGCCCAGUUCAGCAUGAUAUUGCUUUUACAUCUUUUAUGCCCCAAUAAUAAAGAAGGAAAAUGUUAUACUCAUGUUGUACAUCUAGCAAUUACAAUGCAUUAUUAAAGUUUAAAAUUCACCCAUGUGAAUUCCUGAUACAUAAAUAUAUUGGGGUACAGUGUUAUUACAGCAGCUUGAAUCCAAACAUUGCACCCUUAGACAGUGCUUUUCUGUUAAUUUAAUAACGGAGAGAAAAUGCACUUACCUAUUGUUGUCCUCCGUUUUCAGGUAUGAGCGGGUUUUAUGUCUAAUUCUGUGGGUGGUUUUUUUUGUUGUUGUUUUUUGAUUAUAUAUAUAUAUAUAUAUAUAUAUAUACACACACACACACACACACACACACACACAGUCAAUUAGAGAGCGCUAACUUAGGGCUGCCAGUAGGAUGACCAGUCAGACUCUCCAUUUCACUGAACAGUGAUGUAGCACAUCAAAAUAGCAGAAGUUGUGAACGGUUGGAAUUGACCCCCCACCCCCACCCCCAAUUUGAUUCACAAUGGCCUGUGAAUAUUCAAUCACUCAUAUUUCUGGUUGCAAAGGCAGCUUUUUUUAAAAUGUAAUGAUUCCAUGGUUCUACUGGUCAUAUCUUGUGCAACAAUGCAGCAGCGCGUGCUGUUAGAUUCAGAGAAAUUCAUGCAUUAUCAUAUUAGCAUUUUUGCAAUAGGAGCUAAAGAUUUGUUUGCAAUGUUAAGUUUAAGUUUCUUAAGCAGUGUGUGAUCCUGUGGCCAACAGUUGAAAUUUUGGGUUCUACAGAUGUGGAAUCCUUUGGACAUUUAUUAAAUUUGUUGGGGAUCAGACAAUUUCAUCACUUCGUGUUCUGGUGCUGAGCAAGCAUGGAUGCAGCCUUUUGGGGAUUUUAAUGAGAGAAACAAUCCCAACUGUAACUGGGGUAAUAAUGGACUAAUCAAAAGGAAGAAAUAAAAAGCUUUUUGUUCUGGGGAAGAGGCAAGUUCUUAUUAAUGAUCCCACUAUGUGAAAUUUGGAUUAUCUGGUAGGACAGUGUUUUUGUCCCCUAAAAUAAGAGUGAAAUAUUCUGUCAUGUACACUUACACAUCCUGGUAAUGUGAAUUGACUCUUCAGUACCAGAAUAUGUGAAGUAAAGUUUAUUAUUAAGGUAUACAGAUAAGUACAACUUUUAAAAAACAUACAUGGUCACAUCAUUUCAAAUGUUUUGUCUUUAUACCUGACUACUGUUUUGUUUUAACUGUUAUUGUACACAAGUAUCCUUUUACCAAUAAAGCCAUGAAUAAUC